GUUUGGGUCGUUUGGGUGGAUCAUGGCGUCACAUCAAGCCCAGCGAGCAUUCGCCCCGGCCAAGGCGGCUAAAGGCGGCAGUUAACUCCCGGCAUGACGACGUGCCCGCGAAGAUCUUCUCCACAGUAAUCAAUGUCAUCUACAUCGAAACCGACUCGGCCUAUCCUUGUUCUAGGAUUCGGCGUCAUCGGCUUGACAUCUGCUAUACGGCUCUUACAGGCCGGAUAUAAUGUCGUUGCCGUUGGAGCUCAUCAGCCUGGAGACCCAUUGACCGCCAUCUAUGCAUCAACUGCGGCAGGAGCUCAUCAUCUCUCGUUCGCGGCAGAUGAAGAUCUUCGUCAACAAAGGCUGGAUAAGCGAACGUUUGAUGUUAUGUGGGAAGAAGAAGCCAGAGAGGGUGAUGCGAGCGCUUUGAUGAAGCUUCGGCAGGUUGAAUUCUAUGGGUCGGACGGCGUAAAGCAUAUCAAAUUUUACGAGUCUAUGCCGGAUUUUCGCGUCUAUUCUCAAGAUGAACUGAAGCCGUUUGCUAAACAUAGUGUUUCCUUCACUUCCCUCACGAUGGAUACCUCUCCCUACCUGGCUAAACUCGUCAAGAUUUUUGACGAUCUUGGAGGCACCGUGCACCGUGCUAUCCUUGCUUCUCUUCGUGACGCGUUGGAAUUUACAAAGCCACAGACGCCUCUCGCUAUUAUCAAUUGCACGGGCCUAGGAUCGCUUAAGCUGGGUGACGUUUUGGAUGAUGAGAUGUACCCCGUCCGCGGACAAGUCAUUGUUCUCGACGCUCCCUGGAUCAAAGAGGGUCGUACAAAGCAGAUGGGUGAUCUUGCGGGCGGAGAGGGCGGUGACAGAACAUAUAUCAUCCCUCGACGCAGCGGGCAGGUCAUCAUUGGUGGGACGAGAGAGGCCGAUGACUGGAAUUACGAUCCGGUGCCAGAAACCUCAGUGGAUAUCAAAAAACGCGCUCUGGAGAUAUAUCCUGAGCUUGUCCCGUCUCAUCUGCGCGUGGAGGGCCGCACUCCUGUACCGGAGGACCUUGACUCUAUUCUCAUCAGGGAAGUCGUUGGCUUCCGGCCAGCGCGGAAAAGUGGUCUUCGAUUAGAGAGGGGGAAGGAUUUGGAAGUCAAUGGUUCGUCUGUCCUCGUGUUUCAUAACAUCGGGCACUCGGGAGCGGGAUGGCAGUCAAGCUGGGGAUGUGCAGAAGAGAUAGUCAAAUUGGUGGAUCAAGCAAUGACAUAAAUGUACAAGUUCAAAAUUGGGAUCGAAUAUUACGCAGGGGAAUCAUGAAGUGUUUUGAAACAUCCCCAUGUUAUUCGUGCUACGAAGGUGUUUCUUUGUUGCUCCAGCUCGUCUGUGCAUACGUGAAUCCAAGGCUUAAUCUCUGAUUUCGUGCUCUAGUGUGCCGCAGUUCAUAUCCAGAUAGCCUGGGAUAAACAUAAUGUCUUUCAUUCAUCAAAAGUGGUGAAGGAGGUUGGCCAAUAAUUGACACGAACUCCUACAUCAUCUUCGUGAGUAAAUGGCUUGUAACUGAGGGAAUAUUAUU